AUGAUAACCGAUAUUCCAAAUGUGGUGGAAAAAAUUAACGAGAAUCUUCCGGACCAGAUUCAAAUGUGGGGAUAUGCAAAAGUCGUUAAAACUUUUCAUUCGAAAACACUUUGUGAUUCGAGAAUUUAUGAAUAUCUUAUUCCAAGUUAUGUCUUCAUGCAUUCAUCACCAUCGUCGUUAUCAACGCCAAAUACUCAACCCAUACUGACAGCUGAAGGGUACACCCUGAAGAAAGAAACGGAGAGGUUGGUUUCUCCGGGGGAAACUCCAUUGAUAUCGCAAGAUUCCACAAUUGUUCAUAUAUCAUUGGAGGACAUCCCAGUAGCCACGGCAGAAGAAAUGAUUGAAAAGCGAAAAUAUCGCAUACCACCAGAUACCUUGGAAACUGUGAGACAAGGGUUUAGAAUUUAUGAAGGAACGCAUAAUUAUCAUAAUUAUACGAUUGGUCGUAGUGCUAAAGACAAGAGUUGCUUUCGAUAUAUUAUUAAAUUUGAGGUUAGCGACCCAAAAAUAAUACAAAACACUGAAUGGUUAAGCCUUAAAGUGCAUGGGCAAUCAUUUAUGUUACAUCAAAUUCGGAAAAUGGUUUCAAUGAUUGUUCUAGUAGUACGAAGCGGCACACCAUUAUCUCUUGUUGAGAAAACAUUUGACUUAGACAAAAUCAAUAUACCAAAGGCCCCAGCUUUAGGCUUAUUGCUCGAACAGCCUGUUUUCAAUUCUUACAAUAAAAAAGCAAAAGAAAAAGAAAAGGAUUUAGUUAGUUUUGAGUUAUACAAGGAAAAAAUCGAUAAAUUCAAAGAUGAAUUUAUCUAUUCAAAGAUCUUUGCGGAAGAAAUUGAAGAGAACACUUUCCAGAAUUGGCUAAAUGUAAUUGAUUAUCACACUGCGCGUGAUUAUGGAUAUCUUAACGUGGAGGGUAUCAUUCCGGAGAGUGCAAUCAUAAAAACAGGCGAGAAAAUUCAUAAGGGUAAAAUCAUUGUUAAAGACGAUGAAGACAAUGGUAUUAACAAGGAAGAAGAUGACGAUAGUUUUUCAGAGGAAUGA